AUGGUCAAGAUGUGUCUAGGAGAUUAUGGCAGGGAGAUCUGGCGCCCGAUGCACGAAAUCUAUUAUCUGGAGGAUAGAUACAAGGAGCUGCCAUGGCAAGGUAUCGCCUGCGGUUUGGCAUAUACCGGAUGCGAAGGACGCGGCAAAAUCUGGCCAGACAAAACCAACAAACUUUGUCAAAUCCUUGCUGAGGGACACAAAGGCUGGAUUAAUAUCGUCCAGCCCAUUAGGAGAGGAGCCGCCCUUGUAAAAUUAUUAGUACUAGGCAAAAAUUUCGGCAGGUCGUACGACCUGCGGGAUACGCUCAUCCAAUUAGGCCACGUACGAACCAGCAGGAAAGUGACAGUGGACGUUUUUCCUGCUGUUUAA